AUGGCUUCCAACGGUUUCCCAGCUGAAGAGGAUGGUCAUAAUGAAGUAAGAGAAACAAAGAAAAGAAAAAGAAAAACGAAACAGCGACAUAAGUUCACUAAGGAAGAAUCGCACAAACUCAAUAAGAUAUUUACACAGAACCCUUACCCUGAUUUUACAACCAGAGAAGAACUGGCCAAAAUGUUUGAUUGUCAGGUGAAUGUAAUUGACAACUGGUUCCAGAAUAAUAGAGCCAGACUUCCACCUGAACAGAGACACAGAAUAUUCGCUAUUUGGAAACAACAAAAUUUCCUCAUCCAAGACCCCCCACUUUUAAGCCCCCAUGAUACCCAGGCUGUGGCUCCCAACUACAUCACUGAGCAGAGCUUCUCUUGUGCCCAGAAGGCUUUGAUGGAUAGAGCUGGUUGCCCCUCUCUGGAGAAACAGGGAAUUCCCAGUGAACAGGUGGGCUCCAGCAACUCUGUGGUUGCAGGCACUAAAAAGCAACCAGGCUGUGCUUUGGAGUAUCAAGGUGAAACAGGAAGUGGGCAUUCUCCUAUCUGUCCUUUUUCCCGCUACAGCUCAGUAGUAUGCCUUCAUCUUCCCAUGCAGUAUUUUGACAGGGAUGGGCCUGAGACCAGGGAAAGCCAGCAUGAAAGUCCCCUCCUUUGGUGCUAUGCUUAUAGUAAGCAUGGAGUGAGCCUGCAACAAGAGGAACAAAAGACAGCCCAUUGUCAUUGCUCACUAUUACAAGGAAAGCAGCAGAGUGGUUGGCAUUGUCACCUGCAGCAGCAUCAACAUCCUCAGAAUUAUCAAGAGAGGAUGCUGUUUCAAGAGCAGCUGCAGCAGGCGCCUCCCCAAAUAGAUGCCAGCUCACCACCACUGCCUCUGGGCCAAGAUAUGCAGCAAGGUCUUCACAGCAAGCCAGGGCUCCAGUGCAGCAUCUUUGGGAUGAAGGGUCUGCAAGAGUCCACCUCGGGGACCAGGGAUGCAGCUCCAGGAAGUAGAAUUAAGCUUCAGAGAGCCACAGGCAUAGAGGAACCAGUGUCCACCUGUGUUACAGCCCCUAAGCAUAUAGUUUAUAGUGCCUGGGAAAGCCUGACCUACAGCACAGUGUGCAAAACCAACAAGCACAAAGGUGGCAAGAGUAUCCCCCAGACAAUGGCAGCUGCAAAAUCUAAAGCAGUUUCUGCUUCAGAAGAAGGAGACUCUUGCCCAGCCCCUGCUCUGGACAUUGUUCCCCUCAAAGGCAAGAUAGCCAACAAGAAGUACAAGUGUACAAAGAGCAGCAUCUCCAGGACACACAGAGCAUGGCCUGGCAGGGCAGCAGCUUUAUCUCCUCCAGGAGCCAGCCCCACCAAAGAAGCUCUGACUGUGAAGGGUACUGCAACAUCAUCAGCCUGGCCUCCGUACAUCUCAAAGGCAGCACUAUCAAAGGCAAGAGCUUUUAACUUAAAGGCAUUUAAAGACACAGUACAAGAUGACUCUGAAGAGCCCCAGGAAGAUGCCGCGCUGGAGGAGGUGUGCAGCCCCGCUAGUCCUCUUAGCUGA